GCCCUCCGUACUCAGUGCCCACACUCGAGUAAUGGCGGAGACGGUGAAGCGGAGUGCGAGCCGAGCACUGGCUCUUGAAUCGGACAGAAUGGCUCGUUAUACGGACUGUGUGUUGUUCUUGCUGAGGCAGCUAGGGGACUUUGGGAAGGAGCUGAAACUGGGUGAUGCUGUUCUGCGAGUGGAGGUCAACACGGAUGCUCUAAGACUUCAGACGUCAUCAGCAGCUCAUGUUUACAGCUGUCUGCAGAAACACGUCACCAAGUUACAGACCGUUUCAGAAAACCUGAAAACAGUGGUGGACGCGGCGGCUCAGAGACAGUCCUCGAAAGAAGACUCGUCGCCUGCGCCGUCCUCCUUACUUGUCGAUCCAGCGACAUCUCUGUGUGAACAAGGGGCUCUUGGCUCACACACGGGAGGAAGCAAGACAGCAGCUGAAGACGAUGAUGUCAUGGUGCAAAUCAGAGCCGGGAAGUCAGAGAUCGAGAGGAGAAUAUCUGCAUUUAUGGAGCGCAAGCAGAUGGAGAUCAAUGAAAACAACGUGCGCGAGUUCUGCAACGUGAUCGACUGCAAUCAGGAGAACAGCUGUGCCAGAACAGAUGCGGUGUUUACUCCGUACCCCGGUUUUAAAAGUCAUGUGAAAGUGACCCGAGUGGUCAACACGUACGGGCCCCAAACGCGUGGAGCCACGCUGGAAGCUGGUGAGCAGCAGAAACCAUCCACCCGCAGCUGUGGUAACCAGGCCAUAGAAGAGCGACUCCAGAACAUUGAGACGCACCUGAAACUACCUGCAGCCGGCCCUGUUCCUCAGAGCGUGUACCAGAGACUAAAGAGGCUCGAAGAUCGAAUCCUGGAGCUGGAGGGACUCUCACCAGAGUACUUUCAGUCCACGAGCCGCCUCCACAAACGACCAAAGACAUCCCUGACACAGGACUGUAAUCUUACAGAGCUGGAUGAAAAGAUCAGCGCGGUGAAAGCGGCACUGCUGAAAAAGGUGAAUGAAUACAGACCUGGAUACGAAAGCGAGUUUCAGCUCUGACACGGAGGUCGCCUGAACAUCAACUGUCUCGGCUGCCUGUGGUCUGGCCACAUUGAUAAGCCUUCAUGGAUAGUCAUUUUUGGCAGCUUGUGACCACGGAUCGAAAGUGUUUCACUUGUCUUGUAUAUAGUUUUCAAUAAAAGGCU